AUGGCAGAACUGUUCUCAAGAUGGAGGACAGAAGCCUCGAAUUCAGUCGAGGAUAUUUAUGGGACAGUCAUGUUAGGAGAUGAUGCUGGAGAAGCGGAUCGAUUGGUCGUCAUUCUGCAGCCGCCUCCUCUUUUGUUUGGACGUCGGAGCUUUGGAAAUCGUAUGUGGAAUACGCUUGGCCUUACGUUUGUGAAUAUUCAGAACCGCGCCUAUGUUCAGCAAAUUGAAGAAGGUUCUCCCGCUGAUUUGCAGGGAGUCCGACGCAGAGACUGUGUUCAAUAUGCCGCAGUCCUGGCGAACGAAUGGCAAAAUCCACUGACGGAAGACUAUGAAGAAAUAUCAAAACAAGCCUUGGAACGUGAAGCCACAGGUCAGAGAAUAUCCUACAACGACCUCAAGAAAAUAUUAGAACGAGGAAUGGAUACCUCACAGUCCAGUACCUUUAUAUCACCGCCCUCGGUUCCCAUGACCAUUUCGGUGGAUCGAACCGGCUCUUCUUCCAAACCACAAAAACACGAUUUAGCAACUCCACGGCCUUUGGUCUUGGUAUUACGACGAACACGACAACGUGAACCUUCUCCCUCCACCAGUUGGAGCUUGAGCAUAUGGCCUCGAUUCCGGUUAGACGAUGAGUGCGAUGUGGCGACCAAGAUUAUUCAUGCAUUGGCCCUGGACAAUUCAGUGGAAGCACGUAGUAUUCGUGAUAAUAUGCAAACCUGUACGGGAGUUGCCUUUUUACGGAGUAACAAACUUACACUUGGUGUUAGCUUUCACGGCGGAUCUGGAAUUGUGCUGUCAAAACUAGACGAUGGCUCUUGGAGCCCACCAUCUGCGAUUGGAAACUGGGGUAUGGGUGUUGGACUCCAGCUGGGAGUUGAGGUUUCGCAUACUCUGAUCGUUCUGCGAACCAAAGAAGCCUUGGAACAUUUUCUCAGAGGAGCUAGUUUUCAGGUGGGAGUCGGCAUUGGAGCAGCCAUUGCCAAUUAUGGACGCGAAGCUGUCGGUUCAGCCUCUGUCAGUGGAGCAUUGUGCGGAUCAACGCAUCUUUUGGAUUUUAGCAAAGAAGACGAGUACGAAGUCGACAAUGUGGCUGCAGCUGGAGAGACGGCUCCGAUAGAAUUCAACAAUAACAAACUCAUCAACGGAGUCACACCAAUGACGGCAUAUGCCAUGUCGGAAGGAUUAUACCUUGGCGUCAGCCUGGAUGGAAACAAACUAUUCACGCGGCACGAAGUCAAUGAAAGAGUUUAUCAGUUUUAUCAGUCGGGCCAGAACAAGGGCAACCGUCCAUCAUCGGCAACUAUAACGCCACAAGAAAUUCUGCAGGGCAAGGUGCCGGUCCCGCCAGAAGCACAAACGCUUACUGCAGCUCUGAUUGCGACGGAAUAUCGACACGACGUGCAAGCCUUGCCGAAACUACCAUCAGCCCCAAACAAGCAAUGGGAAAGCAAGGCACCUCCCAUGACGCUGUCGGAAGAACAAACGAAAAUUGUCGAACGCCUUCAGCAGUUCCUUUUUGGAGGUAUUGCCGUCACGCAAUUGCCCUCUGUGGCAGAUUCUCGCAGACGAGACUGGGGACGAACCUUAUGGCUGUGUUCUCCAGGCCCUGGCAUGUCAUUGGAGCUUGGAUUCAUAUCCAAACAUUCCGAACGAAAGCAUACGUCAGGCAGCACGUCCUACUCGAAGGCGAACCAUCAUAAUGGUGAUACAUAUUCGACCACAUCGGAAGAUUUGACGCUAGAUUCCGCAUUGAUGGAUAACCAAUCGAUCGUCAACGGGGCACACCUCAAUGGUACAGGGAAUGGCCCAACAACUCGUGUUGAACUUUCCCGAAAGCAUUCCGUUGCGUUGACUGAUGUCAUUACCCUCGAUCAAGAGUUCUUUGGUAUUACCGAGGACUACCAGAAUCAAAUUGUCAGUUUGACGACCAAUGCUAACAAAAAGCUUGUAUUCCUAACCCAUUCCGCCGACCAAGCUACGCUAUUGAUUAAUGCAUUGUACUUGUUGCUAGAAUACGAAACGGCACAGCUGGGCGCGAGAGGAGGAAAAGGACGAAAGCUUCCCACCACUCCUUCGUCAACUGCUAGGUCACCCCGGCGAGCAAAGCGUGGUGCGAAGAGUAUCAAUCAAAUAAUAGAAAAUGGAUACUCGUCUUCCGAAGACGAGUACGACCAUGACGAGGAAGAGGACGACGAACAGUUUGCCAAGUUGAAUUCGCUCCCCGUUGGUUGGACCUCGUGGAGUCGGAUUCCUGGCAGAUCGUAUUUGAAGAAGCAGGCGACUUUGAGCAGUGAUGAAUGUCCGAAAUAUGUUCAUGGUCAAUUGCUGGUACGCGAUAUCUGCAAAAGUGUUCAUCUGCCGCUGGACCUUCCCAUGUGCCGUGUGCUGUUAUUGGAUUCCAGUUCACCGGUCAUUACACAAUGGGAGCAGGAAGGCGGAGAUGCAAACUUUGAAAAGACGCCUUGGACAUUUCCACCAGCUACACCUCGAGAAAUGGAUCAGUAUCAGUCAGAGCACCAGCUAAUCGCGUCAGGGAGUAUGAUCAAUGCCCAUCGAACCAUCAGUUAUGAGAGGCGACGAAAUGGCCAAAAUGUUCGGCUCACCGAAACAAAUAUUGUGGAAUCUGACGAUUCCGAAAAGCUAUCAUUCACAGUGAGCGAACGGAUGCCUCGACGUGGUUUCUCGGUGAAAGUUAAGGUGAUCGUCCGCGCGUCCAAUGACGAAUGCUGCACCGCUACAGUAGUUUCCGAAAUGCGGCCUGUUGGGAAGAACAUGUCAAAUCCUGCUGCGGUGCACAAAGCAUUCCUUUUGGUAUUGGACGAAUUGGAAGGUCGAUAUGGCACAGCUGCUGGUGGAUUAUUCGGUCGAUUCUUGAGUGUGGUAGCGACCCUGCCGAAGGAUUCAAUAAAGACUCAAGCAAAGAAGGAAGCUCCAAAAAGCCAAGCAGAGGAGAAAAAGGAGACCGACAGCGGCGCCGUUGCGCUGGAAGAUAUGCUAAAGAGUACUGUUUCAAAUGAUGCCUUGGAUCGAAUCGACAAGUCAUCUUCUGUGAAUGAAAAGAGACCAACAGAACUGAAAAAAGGAUCAAAGAGGGCAUCCAAGUCUGACAAGCCUGCUGUUGUCGACGAACCAAUGGAAACUACAGCUAAUGCUCCAGUGAUGAUUGAAGUCAAGCCGCUGCCGAAAAUUAGACUGAGCCUGAUGCCCUCCCCAAGAGAAGAGGAUGAAGAUCGGGAGACGCAGAAGAAAAAAGAAAAGAAGAAGGAAAAGAAGAAGAAAUCGAAAUCAUGGUCGAAGAAAAAGAAGGAAACGAAUUAA